AUGUUCUCCAGACGACACGAAUCCUCAACCAAGAGCUUUUCCAAGAGCCACAAGGCCAGCAAGUCUAGCUCGUCAUUCAGCAAAGACAGUGGAGUCACAAAGCGACGACAUGAGUCUCGCAGGAGGCCAACCACGGCUUCGACAGCCACUGCCAGCGACGACACAGUCAUGGGCAACAACUUGACUUCUGCCAUCGUUACCCUUGUUGUUGGCACCGAGCAACGCCUUUUCGCCGCUCACGAGGAUGUCCUGUGCGCCAGUCCUUUCUUCAGCAACGCCCUACGAAACGGAUACAUGGAUGCCGCCACCAAGCGCAUCGCUCUUCCCGACGAGGAACCCGAGAUCUUCAGUUCAGUUCUCGAAUACCUCUACAAGGGUGACUACUAUCCUCGUCUGGUGCACAACAAGCGUCGCAACUCGUGGGAGUUAGAGCCUAGUAGCGAGGAGGAGCGGGCUACUGUCGAGAGCACCGUCUAUCACCGCGGCGUGGAUGGCGAUCUUCUGAAGGACACUGUCAUCUACUGUGCUGCCGAGAAGUACGGUCUCGAGGAACUGAAGAAGCUUUCACUUCGGAAGCAGGGACUGCAAUCUGGAAUCCAGUGCAGCACUAUUCUGGCCUCAGCUAGAUACGCUUACAACAACACGCCCGACUCCGAUUCCAAGCUUCGAGCACACUAUCUCGCUCUCAUAAUUCGCUCCCGAAGCACCUUCAAGCGCAGCGGCACCAUGCAACUCGAGAUGUAUAAUGGUGGCACUCAGCUUUUCUUUGAUCUUUUCGUUGCACUUUGCAACCAUGUCGACGACAUCUCUACUGCGCAGUAA